CUCCUGACCUCUCCUCUCUCCUGCAGGAGCCACCAUGGAUCUUGUGCUGAACGUCGCUGACUACCACCUCCUCACACCCUACGUGUACCCCAGCGCGUGGCCGGAGGACGAACCCUUCCGGCAGCUCCUCAGCCUCUUCGUCAUCACCAACCUCGGGGCGCUCGCCCUCUAUUUGCUCUUCGGCACGCUGAGCUACUACUUCGUUUUUGACCAUGAGCUCAAGAAACACCCGCAUUUCCUCGAGAACCAGGUGCAGCGCGAGAUCGCCUACGCCGUGCGGUCCCUGCCGUGGAUCAGCGUGCCCACCGUGGCCCUUUUCUUCGCGGAGGUCAGGGGGUACAGCAAGCUCUACGACAACAUCGAGGACUCCCCGUAUGGGUGGUCAGGAGUUAUUCUCAGCAUGCUGUCUUUCCUCCUCUUCACCGACAUGGGCAUUUACUGGAUACAUCGAUUCCUCCACCACAGAUUGUUCUACAAGCGUUUCCACAAGCCCCAUCACCUCUGGAAGAUUGCGACGCCCUUUGCCAGUCACGCUUUCCACCCCGUCGACGGCUUCAUGCAGAGCCUCCCCUACCACGUCUACCCCUUCCUCUUCCCUCUGCACAAAGUGACCUACUUGGGUCUCUACAUCUUUGUCAACGUGUGGACCAUCUCCAUUCACGACGGUAAUUACCGCGUCCCCAAGAUCUUGAGGCACGUCAUCAACGGCUGUGCCCACCACACCGAUCACCACCUGUACUUCGACUACAACUACGGUCAGUAUUUCACGCUCUGGGAUAAAAUCGGCGGCUCCUACAAAAGCCCGAGCUCCUUCGAGGGCAAGGGCCCGCACGACUACGUGCGCAAGCUGCGAGAGAAGGAGUCCAACGGCUGCGAGCCUCGGACAGUGCCUAACGGCGACAGCGAAAAAACCAAAUAG